CAAAAGUUCUUUAUCACAAACUCAGAGCCGUUUUAGCUAUCCACACGGCAGACACUUCCGUUUUUAUUCUUAACCCACUUCUUAUUCUGGCUCAUUUCAUUUAGGCCCAGACCAUGUCCUUUAACAUCAACUGGAACUCGCUUGACAAAGCGUCGUUGACGAACUGGACGAAGGAGCUCCUCACGGACGCACUCAAUUUUGGAAAACGGCCGAAUGUGCUUGCCUCAGAUAUCGCCGUCAAAGACCUCAACUUUGGCGACUCAGCACCGGUUUUUGAGAUCUUGGAGAUUGGCGACUUAGCCCAGGAUCGGUUCCGCGGCAUCUUCAAGAUCCACUACACAGGCAACGCCCACUUGACACUACACACGCAGGUCCAGGCCAACCCGCUCAGCAUCUAUGACUCCAGCAUUCGGGACCAGGGCACUGGAUUUGCGGAGCCAUCGUUUCUCCUCGCGUCCGAGUCGUUUGCGUUGCCGUUGGACCUCAAGCUCAGCAGCAUCAAACUCUCGGGGAUCGUGAUCAUCGUGUUCAGCAAGGAAAAGGGCCUCACACUCGUGUUCCGCAACGAUCCGUUGGAAAACAUCACCGUCUCGUCCACGUUCGACAACGUGCACGUGUUGGCCAACUUCCUCCAGACACAGAUUGAAAACCAGAUCCGCGACGUGUUCCGCGAGACGUUGCCCAGUGUGUUGUACCGCCUUUCGCAGAAGUACACCGUGGAUAACAACAACUUGCAGGAUUUGCACUCCCACUUGAUUUCCAAACAGGACGAGGGCGAACGCAUCUCGCUCAACGACAUCAACCCCGAGGCGCCAAACUUCCUCCUGGCCAAGAACAUGAAGAAGUUGGGUACCUUGACGUCGUCCCGACAGACUUUUGCGUUAUACGUGCCCUACAUGCCCGACGUGUAUCAGCGGUCGAACUUAGAGAAGUUUAAUAAGCGUAUGCCGACUCUUUCCAACGCAUUGAAUGUUUCGAACCCGCGUUCAUUCAACGGGAUCCCCGGAGAUAUUUUGACUAGUGACACGAGCUUUGAAAGCGGUUUGGAGUCUAGCUGGCGCAUCAACAAGACGGUGACGGAGAUUUCCAAGAUCCAGGCCAAAGCAUACUACAAGGCAAACUCCAAUGUCAAGCCAAAAAGAAGGGUGAUCAAGAUGGGUAAGGCAAAGUUGGAAACCGAGCCGGAAAUGAUGGCCCCGGUCAGAUUGUCCCCAGUCAGUUUGUCCCCGCCUCCGGUUCUCCAGCCGACGCCAGUAAAAAAGUACACCGAAAGGCUCAACAUCCCGUCGCAGCCAUCGCCGUUGCAUUUCGAAUACAGCCACAGGUCGAGCAAGCCCCACACAGUGGAUAUCAGACCCGUGGCAGAGUCGCCUACUCAUUCAUCGGCCAACUUGUUUGCCAAUGUCGGGCUCGGUUACGCUAACAACUACUUUUUGCAUUCAAAGAAGUUGGAGUUGGAUGAUAUUGAGGACCCAGUCACCCCACUGCACGCCUCCAGAAGCCUUAGACUGGUACCUUCUACGGCCCAGAUCAAGAGCAACUUGUCGAGAUUGAACAGUGCGUUUCAGUUGGACCAGGCUUCUGCUAGAUUGCACUCCUUGAAGGUUACGCAUCAUCCUAAGUAUGACCUCAGACCCGCUCCGGUUUCUGAGAAAAUCAGAUUGCAGAACAGCACCAAGCCUGUAUUGGUUCACGACAUGCCCCCUCCGUAUGCUUUCUAAGUCAUAGAGAGCUGUGAUUGUCCUCCAAUGGCCAUUUCUCUGGCUAAGUGCUCCAUAUUUUUACGAUCGGUGAUUGCAUAUUUUCGUUUAUCUUGUCUAUAUUUCACGAGCGGGCUUCUGCCGUGCU